AUGUUUUUUUUAAAUGCUGAACGUGCUGAACGUGUAAUGGAUAUGUUAGUUUCUCCAAUGCGCUUUCUUAGAAUGGAUGAUGUUGAAUUUGUGGCACUUAAAGCUUGUAUUCUUUUUAAUCCUGUAGCUCGUGGUCUUUCAUCAAAUAGUGUUAUGAGUAUUUUACAAACAAGAAGACACAUUUUCAGAGCUCUUCAAAAUUAUGUUCGAGCAAAGUCACUUAAUGAUGAAGAUAGAAUUGGGGAUUUAACUUUUUUUGUUUUGUCUCCUUUACAGGUGAUUUUAGUAAAGAUUAAUUUAUAA